UUUAUGAUGGGAGUACAAAAUUAUUAGGAUGAGAAUAAACUAUUUACAAUAUUGUAGAAUAAAAUACAAAGCUAUCCAUUCAAAAAUUUAUUUCCUUUGUUUAAUCUUUUGUGAUGCAACGCAGCAGCUUCCUCCAUUUUCCUGAUUAUUCUAUCCAUUUCCAAUGGGCGUUUCUGGUCUAUAAAAAUCCACCACCAUUUCUUCCCUAAACCUCUCCUCUCCGAUUCCUCUUUCAAUUUCCCUCUCUGUUCUUUUCUCUGUCUUUCCCACGUUUUCCCGAGAAAAUUUUCAGGUGUUUUAAUGCUUCCAUUCUGUUUCUUUGAUUCUUCGGAUUCAUGUCUCCAGUAGUCAGUGAGGUUCUUCUCUCUGGUUUCAUCAUAAACUCCGCUCUCCGCCGCCGUACCCAUCUCGUCCAAUCCUUCUCCGUCGUUUUCCUCUACUGGUUCUACGUUUUCUCAUGAACUAGCCCGGCCCCCAGAUCCCAAUUUCUCAUCUCCAGAUCUUUCGAUUCAUCGCUGAAAUCAUCAUCUGGGUUCCUCAAUUCGUGCCAUUUCGAGCAAAACCCAUAUCGAAUUUCACCCCCUUCUUCACAAAAAAAAUAUUGCUCUGUUUCUCUCUGGCUGAGGCACGGCCGGUUUCCAUGGCUUCUCCGGUAGGAAGUUCAUUGGGAUCUCCGAGCUCUGACGAAGAUCUGCGGCAAAUCGUGGAUCAGAGGAAGAGGAAGAGAAUGAUAUCGAAUCGCGAAUCGGCCCGCCGGUCGAGGAUGCGGAAGCAGAAACAGCUGGACGAUCUGACGGUUCAGGUGGCCCAAAUCAGAUCGGAGAAUGAGCAAAUCCCCGUCAACAUCAAUUUCACCACCCAGCUUUACCGGAAUCUGGAGGCGGAGAACUCGGUUCUCCGGGCCCAGAUGGCGGAGCUCCGCCACAGAUUGGACUCGCUAAACGAAAUCACGAGCUUCAUAAACUCCAGCACCAGAAAUCUGUUUGAAACUGAACAAGAUCAUGAUGAAAUUUGUGGCAUUGAUGGGUUUGUUGAUUCGUGGGGAUUCCCCUUUCUCAACCAGCCAAUCAUGGCGGCUGGUGACAUGUUUAUGUGCUGAAAGGGAGAGCAAACCAAAACCAUGGUGGGGUUUCAUCAUAUUAUUAUUAUUAUUGGUACUUGGUCUUUUGUGUAAUGUGGAUAUCUACUCUUUUGAAAUGUAAUCAAUGUACCUUUAAUGAUGAUUAAGAAAAAAAGUAUUUGAAAGAUGGAGUGCCCA